AUGUCUCUUGAAGAAGGAAAACUCGCAGAAAAAUAUUACUCGGCUCCAAAAAUCGCCAACCCAGCUCCACUUGGUUUAAGUGGUUUCGCUUUAACAACAUUUGUAUUGUCAAUCCAUAAUGCUGGAGCCUCCACAGUAUUGAUUCCAGAUAUCGUGGUAGGAUUAGCACUAUUUUAUGGUGGUUUGGUACAAUUAUUGGCGGGAAUGUGGGAAUUUAAAACCGGAAAUACCUUUGGUGCCACUGCCUUUUCUUCCUAUGGUGGCUUUUGGCUUUCUUUUGGUGUAAUAUCCAUCCCAGCUUUUGGUAUUAAAGCUGCUUAUGCAGAAGCAGAUAAAUUGGCCUUCACUCAUGCCGUUGGAAUAUAUCUAAUUGGAUGGACAAUAUUCACAUUCCUCUUAUUUUUGGCAACAUUCCGAUCUAACGGAGGAAUAAUGGCAUUGUUCUUUUUCUUAACGUUGACUUUCCUUUUAUUGACGUUAGGAAAGUUUGUGAGUGAAGAUCAGCCAUUUCCAAACGGUUUUACAAGAGCUGGUGGUAUAUUCGGUAUAAUUACUGCGUUGAUCGCUUGGUAUAACGCUUUAGCAGGUUUACUUACCCCUGAUAGCUCUUAUUUCACUUUACCUACUUUUGAUUUAAGUCGCAAGA